UCUUCAUCCAACUUGACCUUGCACAAUGAUUCCUCCCACUAUUGACCUGGCCAUCAACUGAUUACUUUGAACCAAGUUCAUUCACGACGCAUCGCUAGCGCAUCUGGAUAAUUGACCUCGAUCAUAACCAGCGCCCAAAUCAUGGAGCAUUCAUCACUAUACAAAUACGCGCCACUCAAGGGACCGAGAAACAUUCGCAUUUUGCGCCUCACCGGAGGAAAUUCCAGGAUCUUGUUUGCGGAACUGAUCGAAACAAGCCUCGAUAGCCAUCUACCAUAUGAGGCCAUAUCCUACACCUGGGGCAACCCCGACAAGUCCCAUUCUCUGGCCAUACAAGGCGGUAGCACCAUAAAUAUCACCGAAUCGCUCUACAAUGUCUUGGUGGCCAUCCGUCAUUCCAAAAUAGAGGAUGGCGCUCGUAACCUCUGGGUCGAUGGCGUUUGCAUCAAUCAGGACAGCGAAACCGAGCGGAGCCAGCAAGUUCAGCUAAUGGCUGAAGUAUAUCAGUUGGCAAAUCGUGUUAUCACGUAUGUUGGAAAGAAUACUCUCGACAUCACACCAGGCAUCGAUCUAGCCAACAAGCUAAUUUCUUGUUUCAACGAACGUCGCAAGAGUGUCGAUUCUGUCCCAGUCCCGGCCGCCUACGCUAAGCACAACGUUCCCGAUGAAUCAGAUCCUGCCUGGGCCGCGUUGCGAGAUUUCCUCGACAGGUCCUGGUACACCCGGAUAUGGAUCAUCCAGGAGUCGCUUCAGAACCCAAACAUGGUCAUGAUGUGUGGGGAUGCGGAGAUAAGCUGGGAAACCUUUACACUUCUGAACUCGAUGAUGCAGCAAGGCAAGUUCAACCAGUAUGCUGCAAUCCAACCUCGGUCUGAAAGACGGGUCGGAGCGAUGGGUCUCAUGGCGUGGAUGCAAGGUGAAUAUCGGAAGCGGCCAAUGUUUCUUUUGGAGCUUCUCGCAGCUUCCCGCGACCUUAGUUGCUCCGACCCUAGAGAUCGUGUGUUUGCGCUCUCAUCCCUUUGUCGGGAUGCCAAGAUCACCCCGGACUACAGCAAGUCUAAAGUUGAGAUAUAUACCGAAACCGCACGGCACUUGCUAUCUUUCAGUGGCAUAAUGACGCUCAGUUACGCAGGAAUCAGGAGAACAUCGGGAAUGCCGUCCUGGGUCCCGGAUUGGAGUGUGCCGUUGUACGAGGUCCCCGUUUUUCAAUGUCGACCAUUCAAUGCCUCGAGCUGUCUGAAGCCGAUAAUUUCGCUGGAUACGUCGACCCCAGGAAUCCUGCGUGUCUCGGGCAAAAUACAUGACGAGAUAGUCCACGUGACGGAUACACUGCGGAGGGUCUUCGUAACAGCAAGAAUGGGGCGAUAUUCCUGGAUUCGCGACCAGUACCUGCGACUCACUUCUUCCGGGUGCGCCUAUCCUGGAGGCCAGACAUACUGUGAGGCCAUCUGGCGAACACUCAUCUCGGACUUGAAUCAAAAGCGGCGUUUCUGCAAGGGCAAUGCCCCAGCUUCACUAGGGAGUGACUUUGAAGAAUACGUGCGGCCGGUGAAGAAGUGGGCCAGAUGGGAGGCCCUACAAGAGCUGUUGAGGUACCAUCCCGACCGUAAACCGAAGCCACCCGACAUCGACCCUGUGGUAAUCGAGGCUUGGAGGAGGGAUCUGUGCCUUGAUACGAGCCAUUCCGACGAUGACGAUGGCAGAGAGAACAUAUUCAGCGCACUUCACCGACAUCAAAACGCCAAUCAACAGCAACGAGGCAACAACUACCGCGAUGCUAUCCUCUCCGCCGGGAACCUCUGCCGCAAGCUCUUUACAACGAAGAGCGGUUACAUAGGCAUGGGUGUAGCAGAGAUCGAGGUUGGCGACACAGUUGCGUUCUUCUCUGGUGCAACAGUGCCGUUCGUGCUUCGGUGGCAGAAUGGAUCUUCUGCAUAUGAACUUGUCUCAGACUGCUACGUCCAUGGGGCGAUGAACGGGGAGGCAUGGCGGGGCGGUAGGGGCAAUACCAGGAUCAUCACAUUAGUGUAGUGUAUAGGUAGAAACAGAUAUUACGUUGUUCUAUAGUUUCUGUUCUUAGACCAUAGGCGUCAUUACAGUGUGGUGGUGGUUAAUGACUACCUAACUGAGAAGCAACCCAUCGAGCCACUAAGUCUGCGUGGCGAAACCUUCACGGUGCUCCAAGUGAUGAUUAGAACGAAAAAAGGAAAUGCACUGCCACCCACCACCGUGCGAUUCUCAAAUGUCCCGGAUGCUUUGUCACGAGAAAUGACGUUAAAAACGCUUGGCCUCAACUGAAGCUGAGAAAUCCUAGUCAAGGCACAAUUGUCGCGAUCAUUUAGUGGUGGUGGGCGCCGCACAAAGGCCGCGGACGCUGACCCGAUUUUAGUGGAGAUCGGCGACCAGCCUGCAGAUUUAGCGGUGCCGGGCUCCUCUAUCUCCACUCUUGAGGCUUCACCUUUCAGUGCUCCCUGAGACUCUUCUACCACUGUGACUUUCUAUCUAUCAGCUGAACGUAACUAUACCGC